UAUACAUCAUACACAGAUAAAAGUGAUAUUGUGUUCCUAGAUUAAAGAGCUUUUUGUUUUUUUUUUCUAAUUAACAUCUAUUACAUUAGAAAAAUUAAUAUUAUUAAAUAAAAAACAUUGCUUAGAUUAUGCAGGAAUUUUCUCAUAUAUUGUCAGAAUGCGAAGAAAUAAAUCAAGUGUUACACAAGCCUAUAAAUUCGACACAAAGAAUUAAGUACACAUGCCUUAAUGUUUCACAAAAUUAUAUUAUACUUGGAUCAACCAGUGGAAGCAUUUACCUUUUUAACCGAGAACCAUGUGCCUUUCAACAAUUAAUACCUUUAUCGGAAGGUAUUGUUUCUCUUGUUUCUAUAUCACCUGAUGAAAAAAUCAUAGCAUUAGCCACUACACGUGGAAUCGUGUGUUUAGUUACUUUAAAGCCGACUAUUAAAUUAGUUGCAACAUCUAACGAACAUGCUUAUGAAAAGAUUACAUGCCUCUGUUGGAACGAUAAUAGUUCAGAAAUAUAUGUUGGUGAUGGUACGGGCAAAGUUUCUGUUAUCAUAUUAUCUGUUUUCACGGUUAAUGGAAUGUUUCAAUCACCAUCCCAUAUAUUAAUGAAUUUAGAUUCUAGUAUUGUACAGUUAAAUUUUUCUUCCUCUCUUUUAUUAAUAUCAACUUUAACACGUUGCUACAUAUGUGAUACAGUCCAUGAACAAUAUAAACAAAUAGGUAAUAAAGGAAGAAAUGGAGAAUUUGGUGCAUGCUUUUAUAAAAUGUCAGUUGAACAAAAUGUUAAAACUUCGACUGUUAAAAAAGGACAAGAUCUUGGUAGAAAGAAAAGCUCGUUCAGUCUCAUAUCAGAAGGUAAUAGCGAAAUGUCAGAAUUAACUUCAAUGAAAAUUUUUUGCGCCCGACCUAGUUCAAGAUUUUGGGAAAUAUCUGCUAAUGGUGUGGUAUUAAAAACUCAUCAAUUCAAAGAAUUAUUAGCCGUACCACCGAUGAAAAUUCAUAGAAUAAUAAAGGAAGAAUUGGAACAAAAAAAGAAUAUUAAUCAAACAUGGACUUCACAAUCAAUUAAUUUUCCUCAAUUAUUUGUUAUCGCUUCUAAGUAUUUGUUUUCUUAUACGUUUAAUGGCUUAUAUAUUCUUGAUCCUGUGAAUCCAAAUAUAGUACUAUGGAAUAAUGAAUUUACAAAUAUAACUAUGGUAGAUGUCAUAGACAAUAAAAUCUAUUUGAUGAUCUCCGAUAAUGAGUUCCAUUGUUUAACACUUUAUACGCUUGAUGAAUUAAUAUUGCACUUGUAUUAUACUAACCAGUAUUAUGAUUGCCUAGAAACAUGUAUUACAUACAAAUCUCAACUAUUGAAAUUAAUUAACGAUCAAAAUAUAGGUGACAUCUACAAUAUUGAAACGAAUCAAAGACAAAAAUUAGAGAAUGAUGAAAUAUCAGUAUUAUUGCAACCAUUAAUUUCUAUAUUGAAAUCAAAUUUAAAUCUUAAUCCUAUCAAAUUAGAAUCUGGCAUUGUUGUAGUCAACUCAGGAAACUUGAAAACAAAAUUUACCGAAGAUCAACAAAAUAAAUUAACAACGCAUCAACAAAUAUCAUCGUCUUCUGAAUCUAUUACUCAAAUAUCCUCUGUACAAAAUACAUCAUCGAAAAUUAAAAAUAUAUUAGAAAUAAACUCCGACUUGUCGUUAAAUGAAGAUUUAAUUAGAAAGAUACAAAAUGAUAUUGAAGCUGUAUGUAUAUUAUCUAGCAGCAUAAAAACCUCAACAACUGAGAAAGAGUUUGAAAAGUUUAUUCUUGACAUACGCAAGGAAAUGAACAAUAUAGAACGUUUACAAAAAACUAUACCUCACUAUAAAGAUUUGGCAUAUGAUAUAAUACAAAAUGCCAAAAUUAAUUGUACCAAAACAUUUUUAACAAAUGUAUCGAUAGAGUUAUUACGUACUACAAUGAAUGCCAUCAUUACAGAUCAUUUUAUGGGUGCUUUCGUUCUUAUAAAUAUAUCUAAUUAUAAUGAAUGUACAUGCGGUUUUCCAUUACCAACGGAUCGUCAAAUAAAAGAGCCUAGCUUUUUAGAAAUUGGCAAAGCUCUUUUAGACAAAUUUGUAAAUAAAAGUACAGACAAAUGUAUAUAUUUAUGUAACAGAGUACCUUAUAUGUGGAGAGAAUAUAUAACUUUAUACAUGAAACAACAAUAUGCCAUAGAAGAUAUAUUAAAUCAAUGCCUUUUAACUGGAGACAUCGUUACAUUGUCAAUUAUUUUACCUAUGUUGGAUGCAAACCAAUGGAAAUUGAUUACAAAGUAUCUCAAAAUAAUGAACGACAAAAAGUGUCUCUCUUGCGAACAAUUAAUAACGUUAAAAACUAACAUUUCAUCUAUCAAUUGGAACGGAAUAAUAUUAGAAGUUAUGAAGAAGGACGGUCCGGAUACAGCUAUGGUGUUUUUAAAAAAAUUAGAAACAUUAAUUCCUUUCCAAACGUUUGACAAAAGUAUAUUUCAGUCUUUAAUAUUUACGAAAAUUUUACAUCAUCAUGGCUUGCAAUUGGCAGUAAAUUUUAACAAGUGCAAUUCUGAUGUACAUGGAUACAAUACAAUGUGUUCCACAAAGAUUAAAGAUCAAUUAAUAGAGGUAUUAAAAAAAGAUAUAGCACGAAUCGAUAAUAAAAAUAUAUUAAGUACUGGUGCUCAUCAUUGGGGAAUGCGAUAUAAAUCUAAGAAUAAGUCAUUGACGUGUCCAUGUUGCACCCUUUCUCUCCAAACAUCAGUUCUUUUAGAUAACAAUGGUAUAGCAAUUUUUCCUUGCGGUCAUACAUAUCAUGUCGUUUGUAUGAUAGAAAAGAAACUCAGUAAAUGUAAUCUCCACUGAUAAUACAUAAAAAAAAAAACAAAUAUAUAUAUAUAUAGAUACAUAUAUACGAGGUAUACACAAAAUAGUAAA